GAGACUUGCCAACUGGCGUGGCCGCCAUAUUGUGUGACACUAUUUUGAUUUGGACUCGGCUGGCUGAGGCGAGUGAGUGAGUGAGGGAGUGAGAGAGAGAGAGAGAGAGGGAAGGAGAGAGAGAGAGAGGAGGCGGCGGCGGCAGAGGAGGAGGAGGAGGAGGGACGGGAGCGACUGGGAAGCCGGAACGGUUCCAAAGGAGGUCGGGAGCGGCGCCUUGGAGGCACCCCGCCGCCCGCCCGAGCCCGGCCUUCCCCGCCGCAGCGCCAGGACGGAACCCUCCUCCCGGAGGCGGCAGUGGCGGCCCCGCGGUGGCUCGAGGUGCCCGCCUUGCCGGUCGGAGGAGGAGGAGGAGGAGCCGGCGGAGCAGCAGCAGGAAAAUGCUGGGACAGAAGAGAUGAUUGUUAAUUUACACUGAGGCCUGGAACUGCCUAUUGAACAAAAGCCCUGACCAGGCAACAUACGAAUGGCCCAAGGAAGUCAACAAAUUGAUUUUCAGGUUUUACAUGACCUGCGCCAAAAGUUUCCUGAGGUACCUGAAGUUGUUGUGUCCAGGUGCAUGUUACAGAAUAAUAAUAACUUGGAUGCCUGCUGUGCUGUUCUCUCUAAGGAGAGCACAAAAUAUCUCUACGGUGAAGGAGACAUUGGUUUUUCAGAUGAUUCUGGGAUUUCCAGUCUGCGAAAUCACAUGACAUCUCUUAAUUUGGAUCUACAGUCACAGAAUGUGAUUCUCCAUGGAAGAGAAGGGAGCAGAAUGAAUGGAAGUAGGACUUUAGCGCAUAGCAUUAGUGAUGGACACCUUCAGACCAGCCAGUCCAACAACGAACUGUUUCAUCAUGAACCGCAGACUGCUCCAGUGCAAGUUCCACAGGGAUUUUUUGGCAUAUCUAAUACUGUUAGUACUUCUAACCCAGGGCAACAUUUUGGAUUUCACUUGGGCAGCAAAGGAACACCUGGUUUGGUUCAACAAACACCUAGAUUCAACCCCAUUAUGGUAACCUUAGCUCCAAAUAUUCAGCCUGGUCGGAAUACGCCUACGUCUUUGCACAUACAUGGUGUACCUCCAUUAAAUCAUCCACAAGGCAAUUCUAUCUAUAUUAGACCUUAUAUCACAAAUCCAAGUGGUACAACUCGCCAGAGUCAUCAAAAUCCUGGCUGGACGUCUCAGUUUAAUCCUCUGCAUUCUCAACAAAAUUACCAGCCUUCACAUCCAAAUCCCUGGACAGCUGUUCCCACAACCAGUUCCUCAUCACAUACCUCAUCACAACAAACAGCACAGCCAAACCAGCAAGGCCAUCAGACCUCCCACGUCUAUAUGCCUAUAAGUUCUCCUACAACUCCACAAGCGCCUACAGUUCAUUCAUCUGGUAGUUCACUAUCUUCCUCUGCUCAGAGCCAAUACAAUAUUCAAAAUAUCUCAACAGGACCUCGUAAAAAUCAAAUUGAAAUUAAACUUGAACCCCCACAGAGAAACAGUUCUUCUAAACUGCGUUCAACUGGCCCUCGUUCAUCUUCAAAUUCCUCUUCCAAUAACAGCCAGACUUUAUGUAGAAGUCAGCCUACUGUUUACAUAGCUGCCAGUCCACCAAGUACUGAUGAGAUUAUCACACGAAGCCAGCCUAAGGUCUACAUUUCAGCGAAUGCCUCAACAGGAGAUGAGCAACAUAUACGGAAUCAACCCACCCUUUUCAUAUCAACCAAUCCAGGAGUUACUGCCACCUCUAGGAAUAUGUCUGGUCAAGUAAGCAUGGGACCUGCGUUUAUUCACCACCACCCUCCCAAGAGCAGAGCGGUGGGCAGCAAUGCCACUGCAACGUCUCCCAGAGUGGUGGUAACACAGCCUAACACAAAAUACACUUUUAAAAUUACAGUGUCUCCAAAUAAACCUCCUGCAGUUUCACCUGGUGUGGUGUCCCCAACAUUUGAACCAACAAAUCUUCUAAACCUUCCUGAUCACUUUGCAGAAACUGAAGGCAUCCAACACCUUACUGACCCUGUUUUAGCACAUGUCGAUAGGAUUAGUGAGGCGCGGAAACUGAGUAUGGGAUCUGAUGAUGCUGCCUAUACACAAGCUUUACUAGUACACCAGAAGGCUAGGAUGGAGCGACUUCAGCGAGAACUUGAGAUUCAAAAGAAAAAGCUGGAUAAACUAAAAACAGAAGUCAAUGAAAUGGAGAAUAAUCUUACACGAAGGCGGCUGAAAAGAUCAAAUUCUGCUUCCCAAAUUCCUUCCCUUGAAGAAAUGCAACAGUUACGAAGUUGUAACAGGCAGCUUCAGAUAGACAUAGAUUGCCUAACCAAAGAGAUCGAUCUUUUUCAAGCAAGAGGACCACAUUUUAAUCCCAGUGCCAUUCAUAAUUUUUAUGAUAAUAUUGGAUUUGUAGGUCCUGUGGCACCAAAGCCCAAAGCAGAUCAAAGAUCCAGCGUCAAAACACCAAAGACUGUGCCCGAUACGGAGGAAGAUGAGGGUGCGCAGUGGAAUUGUACCGCUUGUACUUUUUUAAAUCACCCAGCCUUAAACCGUUGUGAACAGUGUGAAAUGCCCCGGCAUUUCUGAGCCUGGGAGGCUCACUUAUCUUCUGUAAAUCCAACCUUUGACUAUUGAGUCAUUUCCUUGGGAUAAAUAAUCAUUUUAUGCAUAGAAUUUUGUAAAAUUGACCAUGUGACAAGGUUUAUUACUAAUAUUAAAUUUCAUGCUACAGAGAUAAUACCUCAGUGUUGUGCUGCAGGCAGCUGAAAUUCAUUCGCUGGAAGCCUGAAAGACUUGGUGGCCAGCUGCCUGAUGAAUCAUGUACAGUAUUACCAGAAGCCUAGUAAGAAUAACUCGUGCCAUGUUCAUGCUCGGGUAGCCCCCAACCGCCUUUCUCCACAGAAGUCGCUACUGAAUUUUGACAGAGGAAGGAAUUAGAUUGAUAGCUUUUGUUGUGUUUUGGAAAGCUUUCAGUGAAACACUACAUUCAUCAAGGAAAUGGAAAGGAACAAGUUGAAAGUGUUUUGCCUUUGUUUGUUGCCACCCAGGUCCUGUGGAUUUGUAGGAGAACUUCACACAUUAGUGGUACUCUUUGCCUUGUCUUCCCAAGAAACAGCUCUGCUGACACAAAUCAGUACAUUUGUUUGAUGAUGAGGGGGGGAGGGGGGAAGAAAACUGCAUGCUUUGUCUGUACAAUACUCACAGUGAAAUACCCUGAAAGCUUUUCCUACUGUACAUAGCUCUAGCGCCUGCUUUAAGUGACUUACUUUUCUUCACCUUUUAUUAUUUCUUGUACUUCUUAAUGUAUAGUGUAAUAGUCUUCGUUAACUUUCUUUUUCCUUUUAAGUGAUUAUGUCUGAUCAUGACCCCUUUUUUUUAAAAAAAGCUGUAGUUCUAAGAGAAGCAGUGCCUUAAAAUAAGAGCAUUAAUGAUGAAACAGUGCACAAAAUAGCUGUUCCACUGCCUUUUCUGUUUAUUGCUCUUGUGAUUGCUGAUCAUCUGUGGAGACCUGCAGAUGCAGCAUAGUAAAAAAUGCAGGAAAAGUUGGCAUUUAUACAUAUAAUUCACUCUGUGCACUGAUUUUUACGGUGGGUGACACAAUGUGAUAUUUGGUCUGGAACACGGAAACUAGAUAAAUUCAACCCACCAACAGAUCUGCACCUGGAUAUACUUGCUUCAUUUGCACAGCUCUUCAGAAGCAAAUGACUUGGGAAGUACAGACAGUACAAAGAAUAGCAGCAGCAGUAGCAUAAAACAACAGUGCUAUAAAUAACUUGGCAGCCAGAUUCUAAACCUGAUUUGGUGGAGAAUAGCAAUAAUUAAGGCAGACUGAAAAGGUUGGGAAAGAGAAACCAAACAAACUUGAACACUGAAUCAAUGCCAAACAUCUCUUUAUUUCCUAGGGCUCUUGUGUUUUAAAGGAAAACGUUUAAGUGACCAGAAAUACCUAUCGCUGAAACUAAGAACAUAGUUUUAUUUUUUUUAUAUGCUCUCUUGCAUACUUAUACAAAUAACGAGGUAUCUGUUGAGAUGAGUCAGGAGGAUGUGGUUAGCGGCCCAAUCCUGUACUUACCAACUCAGAAGUAAAAUCCAUUGCUUAGUCCUAUAUAAGCAAAUAGAGGGUUACAACCUAAAUGUAGCAAGAGACAAAGUAGGCUGUCACCCACUGUAAAUAUUUGCCAGUGUGGAUAUUUUUUUAACAAGAAUUUUACAAGUGAUCUAUGAAUACUCAAAGCCUUCGUUUUAAAGGUUUUGCAUUUCUAUUUUUAAAAAAUACAUGAUAAUUAAAAUAAUCCCAAGUAAUUAGUCAUUAGACUCAAAGUACUUGCAUUGAAUGCAUUGUGUUUAUUAAAAAAAAGAAGAAGCGUUUUUUUUAGCUUCAUCUGCAGUUCUCUGUGAAGAUUGACAAAUCAAUUUUUACCUGUUUUAUUAAUAAAACCUAAUUUGGAUAUCUUGAGUUGAUGGUUUUGUGAUUUUAGCUGGGUAAACUGUCUUUGUAACAGAUAAGUUAUUUAUAAAAAUUAAAAAAAAUAUUGUAA